UGUUUUUUAUAGACAAAGAAAAUAAAGACAAUGCUGGAAAAUAAAACUACAUUGAAAAUAUCUUAAAACCAAUAUAAAAUUUGGUUUUUACUUUAGCUUUUCAUGACAACCAAUGAGGCUAAUCGCCCAACGGGAACGGAGACUGCAGUUUCCAUCCUACCCCAAGAGGCGGCGGACGGGGGUGCCGCGGUUGGGCGAACCAGCCGGCGAGGGCACGCGAGAUGAUCGGUCAAGGGCGGCGAGACUCGGCGACUCCUUCGCUCGGAGCGGAGGGCGGCGAGUCCUUCACUUCGCCGGCGGCAACCCGCCUCUGCGGUGUGAGGUUCAAGUGUUCGAUGAAAUGCCUCACCGAGUCUGGGCAUGGAGAUAGCUUUGCCGGUGAGGUCACUGAUAUGACGACAUGCCGAUGCAGAGGGAGAUGCUUGCUCUCAUUAGUUUAAUCUUCGAGGAGAAGAUCAAAUGGGAACACAACUGCAUUAGCAGCAGCAUCUGCAUUUCCAUGCUCAUAGUUAGACAUGGAGGGUGCUAUUUUUAGUGUGGCUGAGGGCACUGUUAGGAGCCUCCUGUCCAAGCUUAGCUCCCUUCUCUCCCAGGAGAGUUGGUUCGUGCGGGGUGUCCAUGGUGACAUACAAUACAUAAAAGAUGAGCUCGAGAGCAUGAAUGCAUUCCUCCGGUACCUCACUGUGUUGGAGGACCAUGACACCCAAGUGAGAAUCUGGAUGAAGCAGGUGAGGGAGAUUGCCUAUGAUGCCGAGGACUGCAUUGACCAGUUCACUCAUCAUCUUGGUGAGUCAUCAGGAAUUGGUUUCCUUUAUCGGCUAAUCUAUAUUCUUGGCAAACUAUGCUGUCGCCAUCGAAUCGCCAUGCAGCUACAAGAGCUAAAGGCCCGUGCACAGGAUGUCAGUGAGCGGCGUUCACGCUAUGAGGUGAUGCUGCCAAAGACCACACUUCAAGGAGCAGGCCCACGGCUUACCAGGCAUGCAUCUCGUCAUCUUGAUCCGCAGUUGCAUGCUCUCUUCACUGAGGAGGCACAGCUGGUGGGCCUUGAUGAACCAAGGGAUAAACUUGUCCGCUGGGUAAUGGAAGCGGAUCCUUGCCGGCGUGUGCUUGCCAUAGUUGGUUUUGGCGGCCUUGGGAAGACCACACUGGCAAGGAUGGUGUGUGAGAACCCAAUGGUGAAGGGUGCUGAUUUUCACUGCUGUCCAUUGUUCAUUGUGUCACAGACAUUCAAUAUCAGGACUCUGUUCCAGUACAUGAUAAGGGAACUGAUCCAGCGUCCGAACAAGGCAAUGGCUGUAGCAGGAGGUAAGCACGGUCAUACAAUGGACGGCAACAUGGAUGGAAUGGAAAGAUGGGAAGUUGCAGUGCUGGCUGAAAAAGUUAGGCAGUAUUUGCUAGACAAAAGGUAUAUUGUCAUCUUUGACGACAUAUGGACCAUAUCAGCUUGGGAGAGUAUCAGAUGUGCAUUGCCUGACAAUAAGAAGGGCAGCAGAGUAAUUAUAACCACACGGAAUGAAGAUGUGGCUAACACAUGUUGUUCAGGUCCCCAAGAUCAGGUUUACAAAAUGCAGCGUCUAUCAGAUGCUGCAUCACGAGAACUAUUCUUCAAGAGGAUAUUUGGUUCUGCAGAUAUAUCAUCAAAUGAAGAGUUGGAUGAAGUCUCGAAUUCCAUUUUGAAGAAAUGUGGAGGCUUGCCUUUAGCAAUAGUGAGUAUCGGCAGCCUUGUUGCGAGCAAGACAAAUAGGACCAAGGAAGAGUGGCAGAAGAUUUGUGACAACUUGGGCUCUGAACUUGAAACUAAUCCUACCCUGGAAGUUGCAAAGCAAGUGUUAACCCUGAGCUAUAAUGAUCUACCUUACCAUCUGAAGGCCUGCUUCUUGUAUCUAAGUAUUUUUCCUGAAAAUUAUGUGAUCAGGAGGGGGCCUUUGGUGAGGAGGUGGAUAGCCGAAGGUUUUGUCAACCAAAGGCAUGGACUAAGCAUGGAAGAGGUUGCCGAAAGUUACUUUGAUGAAUUUGUGGCCAGGAGUAUUGUACAACCUGUGAAAAUUGAUUGGAGUGGCAAGGUGAGGACUUGCAGAGUUCAUGACAUGAUGCUAGAAGUCAUCAUCUCCAAGUCGCUCGAGGAGAACUUUGCAUCCUUCUUGUGUGAUAAUGGACAUCCAUUGGUUUGCCAUGAUAAAAUCCGUCGUCUCUCCAUCCAUAACAGUCACAAUUCGGUGCAAAGAACAAGAGUCAGCGUAUCUCAUGUUCGCUCCUUUACAAUGUCAGCUUCCGUUGAGGAAGUUCCAAUGUUCUUUCCACAGAUGCGGCUGCUAAGAGUACUAGACUUGCAAGGUUCCAGCUGUCUGAACAACAGUACUCUGAACUAUAUCUGUAAAUUUUACCAGCUGAAGUAUCUGACACUCAGAAAGACCAAUAUUGGCAAAUUACCACGACUAAUUGGAAAUCUGAAAUACCUGGAGACACUGGACAUUAGGGCAACGCGUAUCAAGAGAUUACCAGCCAGUGCAAGCAACCUCAGUUGUCUCAAGCAUUUGUUAGUUGGGCACAAGGUACAACUUACAAGGACAACCAGCGUGAAGUGCUUCCGACCGGACUCAGGCUUGGAGAUGACGGCUGGGGUGGUUAAGAACAUGAUGGCUCUGCAAUCACUUGCCCAUAUAGUGGUCAAGGAGCGGCCAGCGGUGCUGAGUGAAAUUGGCCAGCUCCAAAAGUUACAGAAACUUAAUGUCUUGUUUCGCGGUGUGGAAGAGAACUGGAACGCAUUCCUUCAGUCUCUGGUAAAAUUGACUGGAUCUCUUCGCUCGCUCUCCAUUCACAUUCUGGAUGAGAAAGAGCACAGCUCAUCACUGGAAUAUCUAGCUCUUAUCGCAGAGUCGCCUCCUCUAUUCAUCAGAAAUUUUAGCCUGAAAGGCAAGUUGCAGAGGCUUCCUCCUUGGAUACCAUCACUUCGAAAUGUGUCCAGGAUUACUUUUCGUGACACUGGACUCCACGCUGAGGCCAUUGGAGUUCUUGGAGACCUGCCCAAUCUGCUCUGUCUCAAGCUCUACCAAAGGUCCUACGCUGAUGACCAUAUAUUUUUUGCUCAUGGUAAUUUUUUGAAGCUCAGAAUGUUGGUUAUUGAUAAUAUGGAGAACAUUCGCAAUGUGCACUUCGAGAAGGGCUCAGUCCCUAACCUUGAGUGGCUGACAAUAGCAUUCCUGCAAGAACCCAAGGAUGGGAUUACAGGUCUGGAGAAUCUGCUGAAGCUGAAGGAGAUAGAGUUCUUUGGCGACAUCAUAUUAUCCAUGGUGACUAAAGUGGCAUCCUGCAUGAAGGCACAUCCAAAUCGCCCGAGAGUGAUAGGUGACAAAUGGAACAAUGUGACGGAGUACGCUUAAGGAGCAAGCUCUAAACAACAUUGCUUCUAGAGGCCUGUUUGGUUUUGGUGUUCAGGUUCAGCUAGCUAGUUGGGCAAUGCUUGUACCUUCAUCUCGAAAUAUAAGUAUUUCUAGCUUUGAAUCUAGUCAAGCUUGUCUAGGCUUAAAGCCAGAAAUGCUUGCAUUUUGGGAAGUAGUUUGCAUUGCUUAUUUCAAGCAAUGCAGAAAGUGUAGUGUAACCAGCUGGACAGUAUGUAUUGAUAGUUUUUCAGGGUGUGUUCCUAAGAAGACAAGCUGAGUUGGUUUGUCAAGAGUAGUUGAAAGUACAACUCUGUAUUGUAUUUACCUUGCUUGUAAGAGCGGGGAAUCCUCUCGAUUCCAUUCGUUUCUUUGUGAAAUUGUUUACAUGGUUAGGUUGUCUUCGGAUGGCAUAUUUUUGCGCAA